GGGAAACUUGAAGAGAGACAGAGAGCGUGAGAGCAGGGGGAGUAAGAGGAGGAGGAGGAGUGGAAAGGAGAAGAUAUAACAAGAGCGUCUGUCGAUGUGCGCCUCAUUUCUCAAUAGAAAUGCAAAGUGGUGCUUGGCUGCCAUUCUUUAGUCGGCGCUGAAACCCCGAUACUCCCCUCUCUGAGACGUUUCUUUUCUUUUGUUAUAUUUUUUUACUUUUAUUUUAGUGUACAGUCUAUUUGUUUUUUUACUUUUUUUCAGAAUUGACCGUUUUGCCAAGUGCGCGCGCGCGCCUGUGGGAUUCAGAGCGGACACAUAGUGGAGUUGUCCAAUGCAAAAGUAUACGUAUGAGAAAGCCAUGGCACAAGAGACAAGGAACGGGGGAAGCUCCACGUUAAACAACAACGGUGUCGACAACCGCAAGAGGAAGCUUCUGGUUGCACUGGACAUCUUCUGUCUGCUACUUGCUAGCCUGCCUUUCCUGAUCAUUGAGACUAGCACCAUAAAGCCGUACCAGCGCGGGUUUUACUGUUCGGACGAGUCCAUCCGCUACCCCCAAAAAGAGGGCGACACCAUUAGCGAUGCCAUGCUUUGCGGUGUUGGCAUUCUUAUUGCCAUCAUCUCUAUUGUGAUCGGCGAAACCUACAGGAUUCACCAACUGCACGAGGGGACCAAGUCCUUUGUUGGAAACCCGUACGUGGCGGCUUUGUACAAACAGAUAGGCGUGUUCAUCUUCGGCUGCGCCAUCAGCCAGUCCUUAACCGACAUCGCCAAGGUGUCGGUGGGUCGCAUGAGGCCGCACUUCCUGGACGUGUGCAAGCCGGACUUCACCGCCAUCAGUUGCUCGUCGGGCUACAUCACCGAGUACACCUGCAGCGGCAAGGAGAGCGACGUGCAGGAAGCUAGGAAGUCUUUCUUCUCUGGACACGCUUCGUUCUCCAUGUUCACCAUGCUCUACUUGGCAUUCUAUCUCCAGUCUCGGUUCACGUGGCGCGGCGCCCGUCUCCUGCGCCCGUUGCUGCAGUUCACCCUGCUGAUGAUGGCGUUCUACACCGGGCUGUCUCGCAUCUCCGACCACAAGCACCAUCCCACCGACGUGCUGGCGGGCUUCGUGCAGGGAGCCCUGGUGGCCUACUGCAUAGUGUACUACGUGUCCGACUUGUUCAAGCCCAAGCAGAAGGCGACCCCGUCCCCUCCGUCGCCCAUCAAGAAGGAGCUGCUGCCCUCGUCAGACAUCAUCGACAGAAACAACCACCACAAUAUGGUGUGAGGAAGACGGCCGCGCCUCCUCUUCCUCGUCUUCCCGCGACCGUCCGCGUCGCCGCUCACCUCCCAUCGGACAGUAGAAUGUAGCUAAAGGGCAAUCUCAACAAGCGCACCUCCGACCCCUCACAUUCAUUCGCUGAGGAAUUCCCAUCCUGGAUGGGAGGGGGCGAGUGCAGGGAGUUCACCAACAGAUCCGAGAGAAAUUGGAAACCGACAGGCGGAGCUUGAAAGAGGUAAUAAAAAUGACAAAAUAAUGAAAUGAAGACACAAAAACAAACUUCCCGCAAAAAGGGAGAGAAGGAAUUCUAGCAAUGUUUACUCUCUAAAGUCUCUGUGGCCUUGGAGCGUCAGCAACAACAACUUCCUGAGCAACAGGAAGGAUGAAAAAUGUAAUUUAAAGCACUGUUGUUUUUUUUGUUCAUUGACCGUGAUCACCACUCGCCGGCAAAGCGGAAACCCGACGAUGAUUAAUGCCAAGCCGGCCUCGCUCGUCGGGCUUUCUACUGAGCGCGCUCAGUGCGGCCUAAUAACCGGGAUGUUGCAUUUAUUUUAGAUUUAGGUCAAAUCGGGGUGGGGUCUUGUGUUUUUGUGGGUGCCCCCUACCCCCCCCCCCCCCUCUGGCAUCUACAUUACCACAACAUGAUAAAAAAAUAUUUUGGGCUGAACCUAAAACUACACUCAAAAUCUUUAUAAGCAAAACUUCAUCCAUGUUGGGGGGGCGGUGUCAGUGUGAUUGACAGCCAGUCCGGCACAUCAUGUUGGGAUGGUUGGGGCUCAUUCUGCUGGCAGGGAGGGGCUCCGACACACCCCAGUCACUCAACGUAUGCGUGUGAGCAUUAUACGCUGUGAAUGAACAGCCUCUCGUGUGUGUGUGUGUCGUGGUUCUAAAAAAAAAAAAAAAAAACCUGUGGUAUAUGUUUAACUCCCCUUUUCAAUUCUCACACACUCACUGUUGCACAUCUUCAUCUCUGUAAAAGUCCGUCCUAUCGCCUCUCAAAGCUGUUUUCCCUUCUUUUUUAUAUAUAUAUAGUAUAUAAAAAUAUAUAUAAAUAAUGUAUAGAUCACUAAAAAAAAUGUAACUGUACAUGUUUUAGAUAUAUCCACUAUGAUUACAGACCUGUGUUCUUUGCAAAGUGCUGCUUGAAAAGCAACAGUGGACAGACAUUUUUUGUUUGUUUGUAUGUUUGUUUGUAUUUAGACAAGUCAACCUAUUGUAGAUUGUCAUAAUAACAUUUUGUAAUAUGCACCCAGUAAAUACAUCCACAGUUUCUAUUCAAUCCCAUAUUAGUAUUUUUGUAUGGUCUCGCUGGUGUUUGUGUUUUGUACAAAAAAAGAAAUGUUUUUGUUGUUUUACUGCAAAAUGUACUUUGCUCUUCUUCAUGUGCUUUGAAAUAAAAAGCUCAUUAUGAACACAUUUUGCUUCUCAUUUCGAUUAUAAACUCAAAUAAAAUGAUUCACUUGAUUG